AAAAAAAAAACAAAGAGGAUUUACACAAUAAACAUUCUCCAACUUGUUUCUUCCUGCGUCGUCCUCACAGGCGAGAGCACGAAGAUGCCGACGCGUUGCAUUUUAGCUCUUCCUUUCUCCUCUCCGCCUACCAACCCCCAGAGUGCGAGUGAAGAUACAGAAAGUGAAGGAGCAGCGACAGAGAAAGAGGAGAUUUUGCGCCGCCCUAAGAUCGGAAAUUGAUGCCGGAUGGGUUCGUCAUCGGGCUUCGGCAGUGGCUAUGAUUACUCUUUCAAGAUCCUCAUCAUCGGGGAUUCUGGAGUGGGGAAGAGUAGUCUGCUCGUCAGCUUUAUCUCCAACCAUGUGGAUGAUUUAACCCCCACAAUCGGUGUGGAUUUUAAAAUUAAACAUCUUACAGUUGGUGGCAAGAAAUUGAAGCUUACGAUAUGGGACACAGCUGGGCAGGAGAAGUUCAGGACGCUAACUAGUUCCUAUUUCAGAAAUGCUCAAGGAAUUAUUCUAGUUUAUGACGUGACUCAAAGAGAAACUUUCACCAACUUAUUUGAAGUAUGGGCAAAAGAAGUAGAACUCUAUUCCACCAAUCAAGAUUGUAUCAAAAUGCUUGUCGCAAAUAAAGUGGAUAAGGAGAGUGAAAGGGUGGUAACAAAAGAAGAAGGCAUUGCCUUUGCCAAAGAAUAUGGAUGCGUUUUUCUUGAAUGCAGUGCCAAAACAAGAGCAAAUGUGGAGAAAUGUUUCAACGAACUCGCACAUAAGAUUUUGGAGGUGCCAAGUCUACUUGAGGAAGGCUCUACUGUAGUAAAAAAUACCAUCUUGAAACAGAAACAAGAGAGACAAGCAAGCGCAGGUGGCGGUUGCUGCUCUUAACUUGAGAGGAUUUGCAGCCAGUCGACUUGAGCUGUUUUAUCUCUUUCAAUGUCGACCAUCAAUUGUCGCUUGGUGAAUUCUGUAAAUGGUUUGUAUCUGUUAGUUCAUUGUUUCAUUUUUGUGCAUAUUAACUUGCUUCUGUUCCCCCUAUAGAGAAGCAGGCAUGGUGAUUAGUUUCUGUAAAUUCAAAUAAUUCUAAUUGGUUGAUUGUGCUUCUGUUGUGAUGAUUGUAUUUUCUUUCACCAUUGAUGGUUUGAAGAUUUUUCAUUGCAAAA